AUGUCUUUUAAAGAUUUAAUAGAUCUUGUUUUACCAAUUGCUUACGCUGAAGAACCUGCUGAAGAACCAGUAGAAGAAUCUGAAGAAUCAACUGAAGAAUCAACUGAAGAAUCAGAAGAAUCAGAAGAAGCUGAAGAAGAAGAUGAAGACGAUGAAGAUGAAGAUGAAGAUGACGAAGAUGAUGAAGAAGAAGCUGAAGAUCCUUUAGAUACUAUGAGAAAAGAAUGUGCUGAAACUACACAAUGUCAUCCUUUCAACCAUCAUUUCCAUGAAUGUGUUGAACGUGUCACCAAAGAAAUGGAAGAAGAAGAUUACGAAAGCAAAGAUUACAAAGAAGAUUGUAUUGAAGAGUUUUUCCACUUACAACAUUGUGUCAAUGAUUGUGUUGCUCCAAGAUUAUUUGGUAAAUUGAAAUAA